AUGACUAAAAGCAAAAAAAUUCAUACUUUAGCAACGUAUUUCGAUUCAAACAUCUUGCUUCUAAAGUUGACAGCAUUUUGGAUUUAUGAUGACGAAACUACGACAAGCAAGAAAUACUUGCAACAUGCUUAUAACAUUUUUUGGUUCUUUUUCUUGUUUGUUGCUUACCAACCGGCAGAACUGCUUUAUGUUUAUUAUAGUUUCAAUGACUUGAGUGUAUUUCUUAGAGCUUUACGCGAUAUAGGAAAUCACGUUUCACUCGCGUAUAAAGCUUUCAAUUACUUUAUCAUGAGAAAAGACAUACUUCAAUUAAUGGAUACUUUACAGCACGGUAAUUACCAUUAUGAAGACUACAAGAAUUUUCAACCCAAAUUAAUUGUGAACGAAGAGAAAAAGCAAGCUUUAAAGUGGACGAAAUAUUUUUUAAGUUUUUGUAACGUACUUUGUGGGACUUUGUUUGCUAACGGUCUCUUUACUUUUCUUUUUAUGAGUGACACACAAUACGUUGAGAAGAAUGGCCAGAGAGUUUACCAACAGGAACAACCAGUUAAUACAGUUUCACCAUUUGGUUCUGGGACGAAAUUACAGUUUUUUAUAACUUUUAUUUAUACGAUUAUUGCCUUAACAUUUUAUGCGUGGAUGAUUGUAGCCCUUGAUUCGCUUUUUAUCACGAUAAUGAGCUGCAUCAGUGGUCACCUUAAAAUAUUACAAGGAGCUUUCAAAACGAUUCGAGCUCGAUGUAUAAUGAGAACCAAAAUGGAAAAGCUUUUAAAAGAGGAGACUUUACACGAUCCUCCCUUUUUGGAGGAUUGUGUAGACAAGGAAAUGGUUCACUGUAUAAAACAUCUCCAAAUAGUCCUCAGUGUUUCAGAAAAACUUGAGUCAAUAUACAGCACUCAAACUUUCAUCCAAACGUUCAUCUCACUGGGAGAAAUGUGUUUUUCGUUGUAUCUUCUAAGUGAAACCGCCGAUCAAAAUAUGGGAAAUGAGAUAACUUAUCUUAUUGCAACCGGUUUUGAACUCCUCUUGUACUGCUGGUUCGGAAAUAGAAUCACAGAGGCUAGUCUCAAAAUAUCUUACGCGCUGUAUGAGAGUGAGUGGCUUCCGACAAGCUCGUCGUGCAAGAAACAAAUUAUCUUCACGAUGACAAGGAUGCAAAGACCCAUUAAUAUCACCAUUGGCAAAAUUACACCAUUGACUUUUAGCACUUUUCUCACUAUGGCAAGAGGGGCAUACUCGUUUUUCACAUUUUUGAAACAAAGACAUGGUAGAAAUCAUUGAAGUUUGAAAAUUAUGCGCACAAAGUAAUAUUUGAUAUUAUUCUGUAGAUGGAUUGCAUUGGUUUAUAGAAUUUCAGCAAAAAGUUAUA